AUGUAAAUACCCAUACUUUACACGAUUGGUUUUAUUUCUAGUGUUUACAUUUGGAAAAUAAUAAAAAGAUUCUUUAAGAUGGGAAAUAAUGCCAAACUAAAAACUCUAACUGUCGCUAUUUCAGUCCUAUUGAUGAUUUUGAAUCAAAGAUAUAUAAUUGGGAAUUGUUCAUCCAUAAUUUAAUGCCUUAGUAUAAACAUAAGUAUGAAUUCAAUCCUUUACCCUUUAAUUUGUAAUACAUUUUUGUUUUUGGGUCCAAUAUACAAUUUUAUUUUGGAUAAAUACCUUAGAAAUGAAAGAUUGGUAGAUAAAUUUAGUUAAAAUCCCCUUAGAGAUGAUAGAAUGUUAAUAAGAAUAGUAUUGGUAAUAUAUUUGAUAACAAUAAAAAGGCUCCACUUUUAGAAGAGAUUACAUUUAGGGUAUUAUUUUAUUAAAACUUUAAUAACUUAAAUGAAUAUUGUUUAACAUCUUCGAUUUUAUUUUCAUUAGCACACUCUCAUAAAUUUUUUUCAUUUUUUAAGAAGGAAAGAAAAUAUAGAACUGAAUAUUAUAGAUAAUCAUUUUAAUUUCAAAGUUUUAAGAGAAGUUUUAUAAAAGCAUUUUUAAGAACUUGUAAAAAUCUAAACUUAAUUUUAUAGUAUUUGUUUUAAUGUUCACUUUCAUAUUUGGAUUUUAUGCUGCAUCAGUAUUUUUGAAAACUAAAUCUCUAAUAAGUGUAAUAUUGCUUCAUUCUUAUUGCAAUUAUUUAGGUUUUCCAAACCUUAGUUUAAUAUUUAGUAAUACCAAAACAAAUAUUAUUAAAAGUAUUUAUAAUAAAUAAUAUUAAAAUAGUUUUGAGUGUUUAUUUUGUGGGAAUCUUGUUUUUUUAUUAUUUUAUAACUAUAUGA